CUGAACUACACCACGCUUGUUAUCAUUUUCGUAUGUUCACUUCUCUGGACGUUUACGAUGCCGCUUCCUCAAUCGGCCACGAAUGUCAGCUUAUAGUUAGUCAGUACGGGCCGGACAUCUUGCAGAACUUGAUGCCUAAGCUUAUAUCUGUGCUAGAAGAUCUAGAAACGUGUUCUUUAUACUGCGAAAAAGAAACGGAUGAAAUUGCUCGCCUGCAAGAAACAGCGGAAUGUCUUCGUUCAGACUGCCGCACGCAAGCCGAAUUACAGGACAAAGCUGAUCAGACGUUGGAGCAAAUGGAGCAAAGUUGGUAUUGCGAAACACAACGUCUGCUGAGCGAGGUAACCGAAAUAGAAGAAGAAAAUAAUCGUUUGGCUCAUCAGUUGGCCUCUGAACCGGGUGAUUAUCGCACCGGAGAUGUUCUAUGUGACGCAGAAACAAGGUCUACCGUCGGUUCGGUACUCCGAGCUGCUGCAUCUGGUCUGCGGGUUGAGUUACCUCCCAAACUUUCCAUUGCUACACUAAGUGUGGAUGAAACUCAGAUGGGCGACGAACUUAUGUCAAACGUUUUAUCCGAGGUAGGGGAACGACUUCAGCUAACGGAACAAGAUAACCGUGCCGCUGAUUUGCAGCUAAUUGGGCGCUUGAGAGAAUGUGUUUCUGCCAAUUACAAAGAGAUGCGAGCCCUGAGUCGGGAUAUAUUUUGGGUUAGCACAGCACUGGACGCGGCUGAAGAGGAGGUUUGUCGCCUCGCGCGUCGUAGUGGACAGUUGAUGAGUUCACGAGCGCCCCACCGUCGCCAGCUGGAUCAUUUGGCAGCCGAAAGGGCGACUGUGGAAUAUCGAUUACGUCUCAAGGAGCGCGAAUUGUCCGAGGUGCUCCAGAAUUUAUCGCUGAAUGAUAAUUGUAUUAAAAACGCAACUGCUGUCACAACAAACAACUCGGACAGUCACGACGAUGGGUACAACUCCAGCGUAGCUAAUCGGAAUCGGAAGCAAUCAAUAUUGUUAGCCUUAUCGCCAUCAGCCGUUGCCCAGCUAUCCUCCGCGCUCGAUGCACAUUCCAACCCUUCUGACGCGGAAGUCAUUGAUAGAAGCGAUGAUCCAGCCGCUUUAGAAGAGUUGCGCCACCUAUUACAGGAAAGGAACGAAUUCCGAUGCCGUCUGAUUCAACUGGAUGAAGAGUUACGUGUGUUAGAACAGGAAAGCACAAACGAUCCGGACGUCGAAGGUCCUCUGCCUCCGGAACCAUUGAAUAAAUUCCGCCCUGGAUGGAACGAAAAUUCCGACAUUAGGACCAUAUUCCGGCAAUUGCUUCAUCGCUUAGCGGAAAUGACGCCAAGAACUGAGUGAAAAUUUUUCCGCCCUGGCACUCUGGACAUCGCAUUUCAUGUGUUCCCCCAUAACAUAACAUAUUCCGAAUCGUGUUAUCUCAUGUCCGUGCCAUGCUUAUGACCGGUCUACAUCACAUGCAUCGCAUUUUUCUAGCUAUUGUGAUCGCAUUCCACUUUCACAGUUUAAACUGGUUGCAUACAUGCAUUUUCGUUUCCUCUGUUGGUAACUUUUAGUGGUUUUUUGAAAAGUUUUCGUUGUCUUUACCUCAUUUUGUUACCAUUGAUUUUACUUCAAUACUUUUGUCUCGUCUCGGUUCACUUUCAUCUCGUUUGGACUUAUUAUGAUAUAGUACUUUAAUCCACCAUUGCUUUCAUGUUUUUCGAUGAAAUUGUUGCAACUCGUCUCAGUCCGACGGCCACCACAUGUUAGGGGAAACGUCUGUCGUGCAUUUCCCUCGGCUUCUUCCAG